UGGUACCGAGCAAAAGCUUGCUUGUAUUUUGUCAUCUUCCUGUGUGCAAGCCCUUUGUGGCUUAUCAUUACCCUAAUAUCAUGGCUCUUCGGCAGAACAUCUAGAAUGCUUAAAGGAUUUAAAGAGCCAGCAAGACCAAAGUUUAGAAGAACCGUUCUCGUGACCGACGGAACUCUAACUAAGUCUCUCCAUGUCUUGCGAACACUGGCCAAAGCAGGUCAUCGGAUAAUUCUUGUGGAAUCAGAUCAAUACAAAUAUUCUGCAUCGAGUUGGUCUAAGUAUGUCUCGCGUACCCGAUACGUUCCACACUACAAUGGCAAGACCAUGGACAAGUACAUUGACGGAGUAGUGAAAGUGGCAGUCGAGGAGAAGGUGGAUUGGUUUGUCCCGGUCAGUAAAACUUACUCCGCUAUUCCAAACUAUAUGGUCGAGCAGAAGUUGGCAAAGGUUUGUCCUCGAAUAAGAUGCUUAGGAUUUGGUAGUCUAGAGAUGGCGCUCCUGCUCAACGAUAAAAGGCGUUUUCUCAGUGAAUGCCAGAGGCUUGGACUUUCCAUUCCAGACUUCAGAGUCAUCUCUCGAGUGAACGAAUUAUACAAGCUGCGAGAUGAGAAUUUGUUUGAGAACCAUCACUAUUUUUUGAAACCCGUUGAAGAUYWUUCUGAAGAUAGGAAAAAUUUUAGACGAAUUCCUCACGAUUUGAAUGCCUUCAAAGAGUAUGUGAAGGAAUACGAGAYGCAAAUCACCCUUGGACGGACUUACUUUGUGUGUGAAUACAUCAAUGGCAGUGAAUACUGUUCAAACGUGAUUUGCCGCAACGGAAAAAUACUUGCUAUUCAAGUUUGUCCAAGUUCAAGUGUUCAAAUAGACUACGACGCAAUAGACCAUAAGGAAAUAGAAGAAUGGACCACAGAAUUCUGCAGUAAAUUGAAGAUUUCAGGGGGACUCUGUUUCGAUUUCAUCCAAGACCACAAUAACAACAACAUCUACUGCCUAGAGUGUAACCCACGCCUUCAUUCAGCCAUAACUACUUUCCAUUGUGAUCCAAAACUUGCUGUAGCUAUCCAAGCCGCAUUGGAGCCUGAAAUUGUUCAAGAUGAAGAGGUGGUGUUCCCUGUCAAGCCACCAGACCAAUCCCUUCAUGUCUAUUGGCUAUAYCAAGAAGUGUACAAGCUGUUUACUGGUAGGCAAGGUAUAAGGGAGCUUCUCUCUACGGUACUGCAUGGAAAGGAAGCAGUAUAUGAUCACGAUGAUCCCCUUCCAUUUCUCAUCCUGCACACGAUCCACAUAAUGUUCCAGUUGAAGAAAAACAUAGUGAAUAAUGCUCGUUGGAGUGUUGUCAAUCCUUGCCU